CGGUGUAUCCAUACGUCAGAGGUUUUGGCAGCCCGCGGGUGAACUAUUUUCUUCAUUGUUGACCUUUCCUAAAUCUUAGGUGUAAUUAUUUCAUCAUUAGACGUACUCUGGCUGCACCCUUAUUAUCUAGUUUACAUAUUUAGUCAAAGUUUCGGCGAUGGACUCCGAAGAUGACACAAAGGAUGAUGUGGAUUCUGGGAAUGAGUCUAGCGGAGACGAUGUCGACUUUGCAAUGGACGUUGAGACACACAGUACACGGGAACGACAAACGGAGCUUGAGGAAUAUCGAUAUGAGGUGUUAUCUACGGAGGAAAUCGUUCAGCAUAUGGUAGACUGCAUCAAAGAAGUGAACACUGUUGUCGAGAUACCAGCAACAACAACCCGCAUACUUUUAAACCAUUUCAAAUGGGACAAAGAAAAGCUCAUGGAAAGAUUCUAUGAUGGGGACCAAGACCAGUUGUUCUCUGAGGCUAGAGUCAUUAAUCCAUUCAGAAAACCAGUCAUACAAAGGCCGAAGCUUCCCAGACGGAUAUCAACAUCAGGGGCAGAGGAGUGUGAAAUAUGUUUUUCAGUACUUCCAACCUCCAUGAUGACUGGUCUGGAGUGUGGCCACAGAUUUUGCACACAAUGCUGGUGUGAAUAUUUAACUACUAAAAUAAUGGAGGAGGGCCUAGGUCAGACAAUCGCGUGCGCGGCGCAUGCGUGCGACAUCCUGGUGGACGACGCCACCGUCAUGCGGCUGGUGCGGGACCCGCGCGUCAAGCUCAAGUACCAGCACAUCAUCACCAAUAGUUUUGUUGAGUGCAACCGGCUGCUGCGCUGGUGUCCGUCCCCGGACUGCAGCAACGCCAUCAAGGUGGCGUACGUGGAGGCGGCGCCGGUCACGUGCCGCUGCGGACACACCUUCUGCUUCGCGUGCGGCGAGAACUGGCACGAUCCCGUGCGCUGCUGUCUGCUCAAGAAGUGGAUCAAGAAAUGCGACGACGAUUCGGAGACAUCAAACUGGAUCGCGGCAAACACGAAGGAGUGUCCGAAGUGCAACGUGACCAUCGAGAAGGACGGCGGCUGCAACCACAUGGUUUGCAAGAACCAGAACUGCAAGGCGGACUUCUGCUGGGUCUGCCUCGGGCCCUGGGAGCCGCACGGCAGCAGCUGGUACAACUGUAACAGGUACGACGAGGACGAAGCGAAAGCGGCCCGCGACGCGCAGGAGCGAUCCCGGGCAGCGCUGCAGCGCUAUCUGUUCUACUGCAACCGCUACAUGAACCACAUGCAGUCGCUGCGCUUCGAGUCCAAGCUCUACGCCUCCGUCAAGGAGAAGAUGGAGGAGAUGCAGCAGCACAACAUGAGCUGGAUCGAGGUGCAAUUCCUGAAGAAGGCAGUGGACAUCCUCUGCCAGUGCCGACAGACCCUGAUGUACACGUACGUGUUCGCGUACUACCUGCGCAAGAACAACCAGUCGGUGAUCUUCGAGGACAACCAGCGCGACCUGGAGUCCGCCACCGAGACGCUCUCCGAGUACCUCGAGCGGGACAUCACCAGCGAGAACCUUGCUGACAUCAAGCAGAAGGUCCAGGACAAGUAUAGAUAUUGCGACAGCCGGCGCAAGGUGCUGCUGGAGCACGUACACGAGGGCUACGAGAAGGACUGCUGGGACUACACAGAGUAAUCUUGCCUCCUUACAUCACACACACGCACUGCCCACACACACACACACAAGCAGUCCCACGUUGGGCGCCAGUGCCGCCCGCACUCACCCGCGUCACGCUUCUAUCGUCUAUAGACUAAAAGCUGCGAACAAAAUCACAUUAUAUUACCUUUCCUACUGGGACCGAUCUAACUGUAGCAGAUAUAGUACGUUUAAGUUUUUACGAACGAGAGAAUUAACUUCUAUACUGACAUUAUUUCAUAGAACUAGAGUGGUAUUGAAUAGCGUAAUGUAAACUGUUCUAGGCUGGCAAACACCCUACAGGUAUUCUCGCUGGUCCGUCAGCUUUAAAUAAAAAGCUUCACAUUAUUGAGAUUUAAUUAAUUCAUCCAUGAUUAGAAUACUAGUAUGAUGAAUUAUGCCUAUUUCUGAUAUUAAAAUUAAAACAGCUGUCUUCCGAUAGACAAGGGAUUUUCAUAAUUUAAAAUUAAGUCUUAUGAAAUCUGAUUGGCAAAUGAUUGAAAAUGAAAAAAAAAUACAAAACAAAAAAAAAGACGUUCGAAAACAAAAUUGUAAAUAGGAGUAUUAAAAAUCGAUAGAAAAUCAUUAAGGAAUUCGAAAAUUAUUUGGUUUUGCAGCUUGAUUAGUCACAAUUAAUCAAUAUUUUUUAGAUGAUGUUGAUCGUAAAAGAAAGAUAAAAAACAUAUGGUCACACCAUAGUUAUUGUAUUACAAUAUAAUUUAAUUUCGGAAUUAUUAUAAAGGUUUUAUUUUUGUAAAAAGUCCUUUUAUUGAUAAUAAUGUACCUCCUGUUGCUAAAUUAUGUUUUUGAAAGCAUUGAGCGCGGGAGCAACCUCUUUACUAACUAACCUGAAUUGAUUAGGAUCAUCAGUGUGCCUGUUUGUCCAUGAUAAUUGUUAGAAAAAAAACAAAGACACUGCUUAAUGUUGGCGUGCAUAGAGUACGGUUUGAAAAAUAACUGGUAUUUCCCCCUACCUUGAGACAUUUUGACCAUCUUUGGAUUAAAUAAUACAGUACAGUACGUGCAAAUAAAAAUUGGCAGUGUGUUUGUUCCAAGGAGAAAACGACGUGACUUGAGAUUUUAUCCACAUUGCAAGUGUGUAUGUUUCACGAGAAAUUAUGUAGAUAUCAUGCCCAAAUUUUUAAACUACGUGGGGCCGUGUUAUUUUCACGAACAUGUGUUAAAAUGAAAUUAUAAAGCUGUUUUAGUAUUUGGGUAUGAAAAGUCAGUUAAUUGUUUGCUUUCCAUUCAUUUCAUUUAUGUAAGGAGGAUUAGGUAAUGUCCCAAAAAUGAUUGUGAAUGUAUCCAUUUUGUUCCUAUGAUACAACACGGUUUUCAUGAAUUACAAGGAUAAAUAAAAUAGAACAUACUUAUAAAUCUUAAGUUGUAUUUGAACUAAUUCAUGAGGACUAGACAAGCGGAUAUGUGGACGAUAGUCGUGUCUUAUCAUAGGACAAUAAUGUUUUCAAAAUUGUACAUUUUUGACGCAAUAUUGUGUGCGUGUUUGCUCAUUCACUGUGUGUUGUCCGGCUUCAAAUGUGUGUCAUCCUCACUUAGCCGACAAGCGGAAUGUUCAUAUAAAACAACUUAGUUAAAAUACCACAGUUUAUAAUUUAAAAUUAUUAAAAAAAUAAUAUGUGAUAUUUUCUAUUUAUUUGGACUCAUCAAUUAAAAUUACGCACUUGACUUGCUUCUAAUACUAUAGCAGUUUUCGGUCACAGCUGCAUUAUUUAUUACUUUAAUUUUAUAACUUUGGAACCAAAUUGACUGAUUACACUGUGAUCUUAAACUCUGUAAGCCAACAUGUUUCAGUUUAUAGGAAUUGAAGAGAAACAUAUAUAUGCAACAGUAAAUGACAACAACUGUGGAUCCGAACACAGCUAGUAUUAGAGCGAGUACCAAAGAACACCGACAUCGAAUCGAUUAUGAUGUGAUUUCGUGAUGGCAGCAUUUAGUCCUGAGCUAGGUACUCCAGACAGACCCGCAUACUACUCUGCUACAUCUCGUGACAUAAGUCUCACAUUGUAAACGUUCAGAUCUCCUGUAAUCAUUUUAAUAGAGUUCAUUUUAUUUUAUUUUCGACUGUAACUUAGAAUUUUAAUUUUUUAAUUUUAAUAUUAAUCAUUUUUAAUAUUUUAAAGUCGUUUAGCAUCGUGUAAAUCACCUAGUGUAGUUAAAGUUUGAAUCUUUGUAUUAUUACGACCUCAUUUCAUGGUAAUGUAAAAUACUACGAUGUAUUAUAAGUUUACAUAGCGGUGGUUUGUUUCGAUUGUCGAUUUUAUCCUCGAUAACGAGUGUUUUAAUAAAAAAUAGCACAAUAUGAUAUAAUAACGAUUAUCGGUUAAGAAGAAACAAAAAAAUAUUUUUACCAAAAAACCUAUUUUUGUUAUUAGAGUACUCUAUAUCAAUAUAAACUGUUAGUUCAGCACUUAGUAUGAUUUAAUUCUGUGAUCAAUAUAAUUUAGCGCCUCGAAGGCGCUCAGCCGGCGGGAGGCGAUCGCGUGGCCGCAGGUCUCGUCACGCGCUGCUCACUUAUUCAGAUAAUGUUUUAAUAUAAUUAUAAUAAAGGUUUCCAAUAAACAUUAACGACUGGUACUGUACACGUAUAUUUACUUAUUAAGAGUUGAGUCGCCCACAGCGUUACAUACGAUAACAUGGUGCCGAGUUCACAAAUAACAUUAGCUUUCGACACUAGAUCGUAACAGAGCCCAGUCGUACAAAUACCCACAUAAACUAUUUUUGAACAUUUUCGAUUCGCGAUAAUCAGCUUUUUUGUAAAUUAACUCUCGCGCUACAUAUCUGUCAUUAAUUAAUGAAUAAUAAUUCGGUGAAUUGUGGUACGAAACGUGCACAAGUCAGUUGCACUGCCAGUAAAUGUCGUAAAUUAACUAAAUAAGAAGCUUGUUGUAUCGGGUUCACAUAGUGGACGCUGUACUAGUAGGAGCCCCGACGCCGCUCGGACUAUUCACACGUUUCUACUUAAUAUAACAGAGGGCUUCGGUUCGGUACACACAUACUAUUGUACAUAUAGAUGCUGUAUAGAUAUUUAUAUGGUUAAUAUGCCUAUGUAUUGACAAGCAUCUUGUAUGUGUGCCUGUGUUAAGGACACAGUUGUCUUCAGUAAGACUAAGAUGGAAAUAAAAAUAAAUAAAAAUAGUAACAUCGAAAAGAA